AUGGGCUGUGCUGCUGCUAAACCUGAAAAAAAACAGAGUAAAUAGGACUCUCCUUGUAGUCAACCAAAGGAAACUAGACAAUCUUCUGUUUAUCUGAUGUAAGAAACUGAAAAAAUUGAAGCAGACUAUAUUUUCCAUGCAUUAGAACCCAUCAUAACUCGAAGAAACUACAUUAAAAAAGCUGUUUCCAAGAGCAACAACGCAACUCGAAUCGUAAAAAAUUUUAACUGUUUAAAUCUUGGCUCCGAGGACAAGUACGAGUUAGAAAGCGCAGUGAAUCAUUUAUUACGAAUUAAACAUCUAAACUUGAUCAACACAUUAUCCUACUAUUAUAAUGACAACAAAUUACUAUUAGUGAGUGAAUUUUGCGAAGGAGGCAAUCUAUUAUCUCGUUUGGAUCAUUUUAGCUCCCUUUAACAAUACAAUAUGAUUGAUGUGUUCUGUUAGAUUAUGGCUGGAGUACAAUAUUUACACAAUCAAGGAAUUGCACAUGGUAACAUCCAGCUGGAAAGCAUAGUAUUUAAGGAGAAAUCCAUGGAAAAUGUGAAACUAUUAGACUUUGGAAUUCCAAAUUCUGUGAAAUCAAAAUGUUUAUAAUGGAAACCCAAUGGGGGUAUUCAAGAGAUAUCAUUCAAAUCCCCUGAAGCCCUAAGAACAUCUGGUCUUGCCACCGCUAAAUCCGACAUCUGGUCAUGUGGCUGUCUCUUGUAUUUCUUUUUGACUUCUCAUAUGCCAUUUUAAGCAAGAGAUGUCUAAACCUUAAAAACGGCAAUAUAAAGAGGAAUAGUUAGUUUCGAAGGCUCGGAAUGGUCACAUAUCAAUCCAGAAAUGAAACUAUUAGUUAGCAAAAUGCUUAGUUCCAAUCCCUAAACUCGUCCUACAGCAGCAGAAGUCAUCAAUAACCCAAUUUUUGUGAACAGGGGUAGAAUAUUAACUAAACCUAAUAAACAACUCUCCAAAAAUAUGAAGGAUUUUAAGCAACAAUCCUAAAUGCAAAAUGCCAUGCUAAAUUAUAUAGCAGAAAACAUGUUGUAAGAACAAGAUAAGAAGAAAUUAAUGGAAGAAUUCUAAAAAUUCGAUUUGAACAAAGAUGGUUUACUCACAAAGGAUGAGCUUUUAAAGGUCUACACUACCAUGUAUACAUCUGAAUAAGCUAUUUAAGAGGUAGACGCCAUUUUCUCUAAAAUUGAUUAAAAUGGUAGUGGUAAAAUUGACUACUAAGAGUUCGUCUUAGCAACUAUUGAUCAAAAAAAAUAUUUCAAUCGAGAAAAAUUGCUCUUGCUGUUUCAAUAAAUUGACAGAGAUCAUAGUGGUUAACUUAGUAAGUUAGAAGUCAAGAAACUAUUGAGGGACAUGCAAGUGCCUAAAGAAAAACUAGAUCAACUCUCAAAAUAAUUAGACUAGGAUGGGGAUGGACAGAUAACUCAAGAAGAGUUUCUAUAAAUAAUGUUAUCCAUUGCAUGA